GCCUAGAGCCGCCCGCUUCCCUCCCCGCGCACCCGGACGGCUCCUCCCAGUGUCUCGGGUUUCAAUGGCUCCGCCUGCCCGAAAGCUCCGGGUCGCAGCACUGCACCAGGAGCCCGUAAACUGCGCGCGGCUGCCAGGGAAACUUUCUCCGGAGCCGGCGUCAGGGUGCUGCGAGCCGCGCACCUGUUGUUGCCCCGGGACGGAACGCAGGGGAGGGCUGGGGGCCUGGGCGUCGAGUGCGGGGUUGGCGGGGCUCCCCGUCUCAGCCCCGGGAGCGUCUAAGGCCCUCCCGGGAAAAGUAGGGAGGAAAUGAGCGGGGAAGCCAGAGGAGGCACUGCCAGCAUCAACUCGACGCCUGUCAGAGUUCCCUCGGGGACACAGGGCGCCAGGACUGACCUGGGCUUGCUUCCCAGGCGCGGGAGCGUGGGCGAGCUCCUACCUUCCCAGGGCCCCCGCGGUCUUGUCUGUGAAAUGGGAACCGCACAGUGGGAGAGAAUUAGGUAUGGCCGCUCGGGUUAGUGCAGGCGCCCCUUACGCUACCGUGACCCUCCCCGGGCCAGGACGCCCCCUAUGGCCGGGGGCGGGGAGGUGGAGCAGGUCAAGGUGGCGGGAGCCCGGAGUUUGCGCCAGUUCUGGCCCUGGAGCGCGCCUCCCCGAGCCCGCAGCCUCCCGGGCCCUAGGGGAUGCCAUACUUGGCCGUCUCUUCAGAAAACCGGGCAGAGCCGUUGCAAUUUCUCAAUGUGAAUGCACGUGGAGCAAAACCCGCCAAAGCCCGCCAGCCCCUAAAGUGCUCGGAUAGGAGCAGGAGUAGAGCCUUUGUAUGCUGAGAAAGUGCCUCUUUUCCUCCUGCUCCCUUCCCUUCUUCCUGUGGGGACACGUGGCAAGGCCGGGUGCAAGGUCAGUUCAGCCUCACACUGGCCACUUUCUCCCGCCACACGUACACUUACGGCCACACGGUAAGGGAGCAAAAAUCUCUCAUCAAGGCUCCACUGCCUUUUCUUGGAAGGCAACCUCAGUGGCGAAUUACUCUCGUCUUUUAUGACCUGCAUCUAAAAGCUGUGACUUUGAGUUGCUUUUCUCCUGAUUUUAGGUGUGUACCCAGUAGACAUUUUGGACGAUGACCCUGACGCGCAUCGGAAAGCGGCCCUGGCUUGCUACACUGCACUUGGGGAAGGAGGUGAGGCCUCAUCUGAGGUUUUCUGUCUUCCCACUGGGGAGCAGAUUUGAGGCUGAUCUGCUGAAGGAGACAGUCUUCUUGUUUUAUAUGGAUACAAUUUCACUCCUACCAGAUACUGUUAUCUGGCGGGCAAAGCUGCUUGAGAAAGACAGGGUUUUGUUUCAUGGCACUGAAGUUGUUCCUGAGUCAAUGAAAACAAUGGCUUGUACAGUUAAUUGUGUGGCUUCCUUGAGAUUUUGGAGAUGCUAGCUCGCAGUCACUCCCAGAAGAAUCCAGCACUCAUCGAAAGUUUCAGCUGGGCGUGAGGGGCUUACACCUGUAAUCCCAGCACUUUGGGAGGCCAAGGUGGGCAGAUCACCUGAGGCCAGGAGUUCAAGUCACCAGGCUGGAAUACAGUGGUGUGAUAUUGGCUCACUGCAGCCUCCUCCUCCCAGGAUCAAGCAAUUCUCCUGCCUCAGCCUCCCUCCCGAGUAGCUGGGACUACAGGUGAAACUUGAAGCUUCAUCUGUUUGCUUUUGCACUGUGCACCGUGAUGAACCUCAACACAAGAUACUGGUUUUGGUUAAUCCCCAGGACACAAAGACAGUUGUGGCUGUUUACAUAAAGGAAUCCUGGUGGUCCACGGAAGAUGCAAUAAGAACCUCUGAUCCGGCAAGAGAAGGGCUGAUGAAGGUUCAGUCAUUUGGGGAAAGGAUUGUGCUUUUCAUUCUAAACGUCAUAAUUUUUGGAAGAUUGGAGAGAAAUUUGGAUGACGAUGACAUGUUUUUUCUACCUCACUCCGUGAAGGAGCAAGCUAAAAUCCUGUGGAGACAUGGAGCGGCUGUUGGGUUUUACACAACCAAGAUGAAAGGCAGCCUGUGUGGCAGUGGCACAGGUGCGUGCUACCUGCUACCUGUCUUUGACACCGUGUUUGUCAGGAGGAAACACCGGCGCCAAGGCCUGGGAACGGCCAUGCUGCGGGAUUUCUGUGCGACAUUCCCAGAUGACGAGGCCCUGGGGGUCAGCUGUCCAAUAUCUCCUGCCAUGUACCAAGUCUGUAGGCAGUUCCUGUUUGUCUGUCCAGAGGAGCGAGGGCGACUGUGGGAGGUGAAGCCCCCAGGGGCUUGGGGCCAGCGCAUCAACAUUUGGCUCAAGGUUCAGCUUCAGCCAAGACUUCCAGACUCACACCCAGGAAAUUCUAAGGAGGAGGACGUCAGCCGUCAUGCGAGGACUUCUUGGAAUGACAGACCCAGACAGUCUGCCCCUGGAGACAGCAGCAAGCAGGAAGUGCAGGCAGAAGCCAGGCCGGGACACCUGUAUGUCCUGAACGUCCAGCCCCAGACUGUGCGGUCUGACCCCAUUACUGUGAUUAAUCGGAAUGCCUGUGGAUUCUUUUCUGACUUCAGGAGAGGAUGUGUGGAGAAGAGCUGGAAGACACAAAGAAUGAUCCAGACCAUGGAGCGGAGGAGGAGGACAUGGGGCUGGUGGGCCAGCUGCAGGGCAAGCUUGCAAGGCCCAGUCCCUGAUGCCUCUGGAUGCCCAGGAUGCCCAUCUGGGCCAGGUCCAGAGGCCUGCCUGGGCUCCCAGGAUUUGGGUCUGAGACUUGUGUGACUGGAACACACCUUUCCUGGGGAUCUUUGAUGGGCAGAUGACCCCAUGGACCCCAGUUACCUCUGAGGUAGGCUCAGGCUCUAGAACGCCUGAGAAUGUUCUGCGCUCAGUGUGCGACACUAUGCACCAGCAGGGAGAUAGUUCCCCAAGUUAAUGGCUGACAGUUCCUACAAAUUUCAGCAGCUUACUUGUUAAACCUAAUAUGGUUUCUGUUUCUCAGGGUAAAUUGGUGGGACUUCACUGGAACCCCAGGGAGGUUUUACUGAAAGUACCUCUUUCCUUCUAGAAGUUUAAAGACGCUCCGGAAAGGGCCACACCCAUUUCAUCUAGGCUGCAGAAACCUAUUGCAGUUUUGUGCAUGCCAGCCCUGCCAUUGCUGUGAGAUCACGGACACCAAAGAGGUUUCCAGGGAGACACAUGUCCUUUCCACUUCAGCCACAUCAGAAGUGCCUUGAGGGCAGGGGCAGGGGCUGCUGUCUACGGCAGGCCUGGAGCUUCUUCUGGGCUCGUAUACAGGAGGCGCUCAGAGAGGCUCUGCACAGGCUUCAGCCAUCAGCUUAGCUGGGAAGCAUCGGUAGGAAUUUGGGCAGAGGGUGCUUCUAGCAGAUUGGUAGCCUUAAGUGGAAAGGCUUGUGGUAGUAAAAGUAACUAAAAACGACAACCUGGCUCAAAUGUGACGUCGGCUUCCCUCUUCUCAAAUGCUGAUGGAGCCCUGUUUGGUGGCUUACACCCGGCCACUCUGGGGGUGCAGAGACCAGGACCUGCUCUCAGGCCCCAGCGCCGACAGGCUAGGCAGAGCUGUUCCAGGGCUGCCAGCCCUCCACAAGGGUGGGGAGCAAGUCCAGGUUCCUUCAGGGAACCCAGAGCCUGCUCCCCUAGAGCUAGGGUGGUGCUUUCUCUGCAGCUGGCCCAGCCUCGCUGAUUUCAGUAGGAUUUUUUCCCAGAGAAAGCUGGUCAGGACCUUUUGAGGCAGAUGACCCAAGUUCUUGCCCCUGCUUUUGGGCAAAGGCAAAUCUGACCCCAUUGCCGAGGACAUUCCCAAACCCCUCUGUGCUCACGACUGACUUUGUAGAAGCCAGGGGCCUGCUACCAGGGCCCUGCCGCCUCUGCUCCUUGCCGUUGGAGUUCAGCCGCAGGGUCAGCCCUGGGCUGCCUGGUUACCUCUCACAUCUCCAGUGCUACCACAGAGCUGGCCUUCAGAAACUGUGUGGGGAAUGAAGGUGACAGGUCCCCUUGAGAGUGAGGGCCACACCUUUCCUCUCUUGUUUUGCUGCUGGAUUUUGGAGACACUGACAGAGGAACAGGUUUUACCUUUUUUAGGGAUGUAAUAAAGGCCCUCCUGGAGCCUGAUGAGGAGACCACCAGCAGUCCCAAGUUCUGAGAAUACAUCAGCUGUUCCCCCGAGCAGUCAAAGGACACACACGAUGGGACCUUUUAUUCAUCCAUGCACCCAGCUGUCUGUCCAUCUGUCCAUCCAUCUGUCCAUCUGUCCAUCCAUCCAUCCAUCCAUCCAUCCAUCCAUCCAUCCAUUUUGUUGUACAUCAGACAUUCAGCAUGCUUUCUCAGGGACAUGCUGUGUGCGGGGCACAGGAGAUAUAAGUGAGGUGUGGUUACUGGCCUCAGGAAACUCUCUUCUUUUUGGAGGAGUCUCUUCUGGAGUGUUCCACUGGAGUUUUCAUCCCUCUUGCACCCAUUACAAAGACGGAGCGCCCAAUUAACCAGAAAUAGACUUUAGAGCUUCAUCUGAAGAUAUCGCGAAGCCCGGCUCCCACCCUGCCCCUUACACUUGGGCUCUCUGUGCACGUGGCACAGACCAUAAAAGUUGAGUUAAGUCUGCAGCCUAGAGGAUGCCCUGUGUGUGGUGUCAGAUGUAAUCUUUCACGUGGCACGUGUGUGCUGUGAGCAUUGUGCUAUUUGAGAUGAAUGGUUAGUAUUUUGUGUUUCCAUGAAAAUAAAUGUUUAAAGAUGUCUCGGGGUUGAUCAAGUUACUGUUCAGUAAAAGCAACCUCUCAGGGAAGAACAGCUGCUGGGCUGACGGCUCUAUUUAAGGGCAUAUGAACCGACCAUAUGAGUUAGAAGGAAAUGCCCGGAGCUGAGAGCAGCCUCCUGCCCAGUCCAUGUCAGCUCUGAGGCUGUGUGCAGGGGUCCCUUCCAGCACUCCCCAUAGUGCACCUGUUUGUGUUGUGUUGUUUUAUUAAAUCAAUUUUAUGUUUUGGUUUUC